AUUAACCUCAUUCUAGUUUUACUAAUUAAUAUAACUAUUUCCCUAAUCCUGGUGACCAUUGCAUUUUGACUUCCCCAGUUAAAUAUUUACUCAGAAAAAACAAGCCCCUACGAAUGCGGAUUUGACCCCAUGGGGUCAGCACGACUUCCAUUCUCAAUAAAAUUUUUCUUAGUGGCAAUCACAUUCCUACUAUUUGAUCUAGAAAUCGCUCUUCUUCUCCCUCUUCCAUGAGCCGCACAAUUUAAUAACCUAAAUUUAGUCCUCAUCAUAGCACUUAUACUUAUCUCAAUCCUAGCCCUAGGACUGGCCUACGAGUGAAUCCAAAAAGGCCUAGAAUGAGUAGAAU